UAUGAUUUCGCUUAUUUUCCCGCAGUUAUUUUAACGCCCUUAAGUUUAAGGUGAGCUCCAUUUGCAGACGGAACCGCGGAUUAAAGUAACGUUUCCAGGAACCAUUUUUUAAACACGGCAUGAGCUCUCUCUUUUGCUCUCUACUAACACGGUGCCAACAGAAAAGAGGAAAACGUAGAUCUAGUCUAUAUUGCGUACAGGCGGAUCAACGGUUCCAAAAGAAAUAGCGAAAGUCUCGUCUGGUUAGGUUGAGUCCACGGGAUUACAUUUACACUGAUUUACCGCCAAGUUCACGAGGAGUGCGAGGAUCGUUUAUAUUUUUACUCUCGAGCGUGAAUUUCCGCUGUUCAUAGUAUAUAUUUUAAAUAUCCUGUACAUUUACACAGUAUCCUGAAAAAUGUCCAACAAGUUCGAUGCGGAUUGCAGGCUGAAAUCGAGUGACGACAGUGCCGACGAGGAGGCUCAGACGAAAGAUAAUCAAAAGACGGACAAAGAUCCUCUGCCACCUGUAGAAAUAAAUCCAACCGAGCACAAGUUACAGUAUGCUUAUGCAUUAUGGUACAGUCGCCGCAGUCCCGGUAAACAACCCAACAUACAGAGUUACGAUCAAAACCUGAAGUUGGUUGGAAGGUUCGGCAGCGUGGAGCAAUUUUGGAGUUUGUACAGUCACUUAAUAAGGCCAUCGGAACUAACCACACAUACAGACUUUCAUUUAUUCAAAGUCGGGAUUAAGCCAAUGUGGGAAGACGAAGCGAAUCAGCGUGGUGGAAAAUGGAUAGUAAGGUUACGGAAAGGUUUAGUGUCUCGAUGUUGGGAAAAUUUAAUUCUGGCAAUGUUAGGCGAACAAUUUAUGGUUGGAGAGGAAAUAUGUGGAGCAGUUGUAUCUAUAAGAUUUCAGGAGGACAUAAUUUGCGUUUGGAAUAAAACUGCAUCCGACGUUGCGACGACAGCACGAAUCCGAGAUACCUUGCGACGUGUGUUACAUCUCCCGGCUAGUGCUUCCAUGGAGUACAAGAAACACAAUGACAGUUUGAAAUCGUCACGGUUUUCCAGGUAUCUUAAUAUGAUUCCUCAACAUCAACACCAUUGACCGACAUGUGUUUAAAUUAUUGGUGAUGAAAAGUGUCAAAAUGUCAUUGACUCUAAAAAUUCAAUUGACUCGCAAAAAAUGAUAUGCGGGAAGUGGAUUGUUACGAUUGGACAUCUAUGGAUAAGCAUCUCAUUGUGCAUCACUAAAAGGAUGUAUUUAAGACACACCCGAGUGGUACAUUUACAUGAAAAUAAUUGGUUAUAUCAAAACAGUAAAUGUUACUAGCUUAUGGUUAUGCACCAAGAAAAUACCGUACGUUUUUGAAACAUGGAAAUUUACUUUUGGAGACUUCAUACAUGAUCAUAUUGUAUGUACCUGCCCAAUAAAGACAAGAGAUUGAGAGAUCCA